GAGCCAUGGACUGCGGCCGGGUGCGGACGCUCGUGCACCGAUACUGUGCCGGAGAAGAGAACUGCGUGGACAGCCGGACCAUCUACGUGGGGCACAGGGAGCCCCCACCAGGUGCUGAGGCCUACAUCCCGCAGAGGCACCCCGACAACAGAAUCGUCUCCUCCAAGUACACGUUUUGGAACUUCAUACCCAAGAACUUGUUUGAACAAUUCAGAAGAAUAGCCAACUUUUACUUUCUCAUCAUCUUUCUGGUACAGCUGAUCAUUGACACGCCCACAAGCCCCGUGACCAGCGGCCUUCCCCUCUUCUUUGUCAUCACCGUCACGGCCAUCAAGCAGGGCUAUGAGGACUGGCUUCGCCAUAAGGCAGACAACGCCAUGAACCAGUGCCCUGUGCAUUUCAUCCAGCACGGCAAGCUGGUGCGGAAGCAGAGCCGGAAGCUGAGGGUUGGGGACAUCGUCAUGGUCAAGGAGGAUGAGACCUUCCCCUGUGACUUGAUCUUCCUGUCCAGCAGCCGAGGUGACGGGACCUGCCACGUGACCACUGCCAGCUUAGACGGAGAGUCCAGUCACAAGACUCACUACGCCGUGCAGGACACGAAGGGCUUUCACACUGAGGAAGACAUCGACGGCUUGCACGCCACGAUCGAGUGUGAGCAGCCCCAGCCCGACCUGUACAAGUUCGUCGGCCGCAUCAACGUCUACAGCGACCGGAGCGACCCCAUGGUGAGGCCCCUGGGGUCGGAGAACCUGCUUCUCAGGGGAGCCACGCUGAAGAACACCGAGAAGGUCUUCGGUGUUGCCAUUUACACGGGCAUGGAAACCAAGAUGGCGCUGAAUUACCAGUCGAAAUCCCAGAAACGAUCUGCUGUAGAGAAAUCCAUGAACGUGUUCCUCAUCGUCUACCUCUGCAUUCUGAUCAGCAAAGCACUGAUCAACACCGUCCUCAAGUACGUGUGGCAGAGCGAGCCAUUCCGAGACGAGCCGUGGUAUAACCAGAAGACCGAGUCGGAAAGACAGAGGAACCUGCUCCUCAGGGCGCUCACCGACUUCCUGGCCUUCAUGGUUCUCUUCAACUACAUCAUCCCCGUGUCCAUGUACGUCACGGUGGAGAUGCAGAAGUUCCUGGGCUCCUACUUCAUCACUUGGGACGAGGAGAUGUUUGACGAGGACACAGGGGAAGGGCCUGUGGUCAACACGUCGGAUUUAAAUGAAGAAUUAGGACAGGUCGAGUACAUCUUCACGGACAAAACCGGCACGCUCACGGAGAACAACAUGGAGUUCAAGGAGUGCUGCAUCGAGGGCCACGUGUACGUGCCGCAUGCCAUCUGCAACGGGCAGGUGCUCCCCGGGGCCGCCGGCAUCGACAUGAUCGACUCCUCGCCGGGUGUCAGCACCAGGGAGCGAGAGGAGCUGUUUUUCCGGGCCCUGUGUCUGUGCCAUACCAUCCAGGUGAAGGAUAACGAUGACAUGGACGGACCUAGGAAGUCGCCGGACGGGGGGAAGUCCUGUGUGUACAUCUCGUCUUCUCCCGACGAGGUGGCGCUCGUGGAGGGCAUCCAGAGGCUGGGCUUCACGUACCUGCGGCUGAGGGACGGCUACAUGGAGAUCUUGAACAGGGAGAACGACGUGGAGAGGUUUGAACUGCUGGAAAUUUUGAGUUUUGACUCAGUAAGAAGGAGAAUGAGCGUGAUUGUGAAAUCUGUCACAGGAGAAAUCUAUCUGUUCUGCAAGGGAGCUGAUUCAUCCAUAUUUCCCCGGGUAAUAGAAGGCAAAGUCGACCAGAUCCGGGCCAGAGUAGAGCGCAACGCGGUGGAGGGACUUCGGACCUUGUGUGUGGCCUACAAAAGGCUCGCUCCGGAAGAGUACGACGGCGUUUGUACCCUGCUGCAGGCCGCCAAGGUGGCUCUCCAGGACCGGGAGAAGAAGUUAGCAGAGGCCUAUGAGCAAAUAGAGAAGGACCUCAUCCUGCUCGGGGCCACGGCUGUGGAGGACAGGCUCCAGGAGAAGGCUGCCGACACCAUUGAAGCCUUGCAGAAAGCCGGGAUCAAAGUGUGGGUCCUCACCGGGGACAAGAUGGAGACGGCGGCCGCCACCUGCUACGCCUGCAGGCUGUUCCGGAGGGGCACGCAGCUGCUGGAGCUCACCACCAAGCGGCUGGAGGAGCAGAGCCUGCAUGACGUGCUGUUCGAGUUGAGCAAGACCGUGCUGCGCCACAGCGGGAGCCUUACCAGGGACAACUUCUCGGGGCUCUCAGCCGACCUGGAGGACUUCGGGCUGAUCAUCGACGGAGCCGCGCUGUCCCUGGUCAUGAAGCCCCGCGAGGACGGCAGCGGCGGCAACUACCGGGAGCUCUUCCUGGAGAUCUGCCGCAACUGUAGUGCCGUGCUGUGCUGCAGGAUGGCGCCCCUGCAGAAGGCCCAGAUUGUUAAGUUAAUCAAACUCUCCAAAGAGCACCCCAUUACUUUAGCCAUCGGGGACGGCGCCAAUGACGUCAGCAUGAUCCUGGAGGCACACGUGGGCAUCGGUGUCAUCGGGAAGGAGGGUCGCCAGGCCGCCCGGAACAGCGACUAUGCGGUCCCAAAAUUCAAGCACCUGAAGAAGAUGCUGCUGGUUCACGGGCAUUUCUACUACGUCAGGAUAUCCGAGCUCGUGCAGUACUUCUUCUACAAGAACGUCUGCUUCAUCUUCCCUCAGUUUUUGUACCAGUUCUUCUGCGGGUUCUCACAGCAGACUUUGUACGACACCGCCUACCUGACCCUGUACAACAUCAGCUUUACGUCCCUCCCGAUUCUCCUGUACAGCCUGAUGGAGCAGCACGUCAGCAUUGACACGCUCCGCAGAGAGCCCUCCCUCUACAGAGAUAUCGCCAAGAACGCCCUCCUCCGCUGGCGCGUGUUCAUCUACUGGACGCUCCUGGGCGUGUUUGAUGCUCUGGUGUUCUUCUUCGGUGCUUACUUCCUGUUUGAGAACACAACAGUGACCAGCAACGGGCAGAUCUUUGGAAAUUGGACCUUUGGGACACUGGUGUUCACCGUGAUGGUCUUUACAGUCACACUAAAGCUGGCGCUGGACACGCACUACUGGACUUGGAUCAACCACUUCGUCAUCUGGGGGUCCCUGCUGUUCUACGUCGUCUUCUCCCUGCUCUGGGGAGGAAUCAUCUGGCCCUUCCUCAGUUAUCAGAGGAUGUACUAUGUGUUCAUCCAGAUGUUGUCCAGCGGCCCCGCCUGGCUGGUCAUCAUCCUGCUCGUCACCGUCAGCCUCUUCCCCGACGUCCUCAAGAAGGUGCUGUGCCGGCAGCUGUGGCCCAGUGCCACGGAGAGAAUCCAGCAGAGCACGAGCCUCAGAGCGUCGGUCGCUGCGGGCACGGAACGGCCGCUUCUGAAGGACCUGCUGUCGCGGCCGAGGCGCCGGUAGCCGAGGAUAGGUAACCGCGCCCGCCGCGCCUGGCGGGCCGCCCGGUGUGCCGUGACCCCCGCACUGCCCGUGUUCCUCCAGAGUUUUGUUGAGCCGCGCUAGUUCUGAUAACAGGUUCAUGGUGGAAAAAAAAGUUUUUACGCACACGUGUGUCUGUCCCGGGUAAGUGACCUGCCUGAGCGUGUCUGGUGGCAGGUGGCUGUGCGCACACACACGCGCGCGUGCCGGCGCCCUCCCACACGCACUUGCGGGAUCUUCUCACACGCUGUGCAAGGGGCUUAGUUUCCAGAACGAAGCUCGUCCCUCGGCCUUGGCUGUGGAAGGACCUUCCCCCGAAAGGUCUGUGAGGAAAGCCCGUGUUUUGACAAAAGGGCAGAAGGUGGCCCGGUUGGCGGGAGCGUUGGCCCAGGCAGACGUGCGCCGCAGGUGUGUGGUCGGCAGCGGCACACAGAGCCCUGUCUGCCCCGGGAGGGGACGGAAACGCUGCCACACCCUCGACGCACCCCGAGCUGGGUGUCUCCGCUGGGACAGGCAGGCCGCCUUCUCUGCCCGGGGGCGCGUGUUCCUUUAAGACCCGUUUCUCCCGACGGCUUCCCCCAGUGCCCGCCGCCCAGUGAAUUUAUGAGGCCGCGGCCUCCUUGGCAAUAACAGCCUGACAGCCCGGCAGACAGAGUGUCCGUGUGCGAGGAGGUGAUGGAGACCCAGCCCCACCCCGGGCCCCUGGCGGACACUUCACAUGGGGACGUACUCCGUCUGGAGCGGGCAGGGGAGCCGUCGGUGACCAGAGUGCGGUCACCACACUGGCUCUGUGUCCUCGGCCACGUGGGACACACGUGCCCGCCCCGUGUCUGGACGGGAAGCCCCGUGGGCAGUGUCAGCACAGGCUGGGUGGGGUUCUCACCGAGGGUCUGGGACUGACACUGUCCUUUCCGUUCUCCGGCAGAGCACACGUGUGUGCGGCCAGGACCGCCUCCCCGAGCUCACCCUCCUGGCCUCCCCGCAGAGCCCCAG